CUGAAGUGAAAAGGAGACCAAGGUCUUGCUCUACUGAUGGUACUUAUAAGAUCCAGUCCUGGCAGCAUGGAGAGGAUGGUCAUCUGUCUAAUGGUCACCUUCUUGGGGACACUGGCCCAUAAAUCAAGCUCCCAAGGGCAAGAUCGUCUCAUGAUUAGAAUGCGCCAACUUAUAGAUGUUGUUGAUCAGCUGAAAAAUUAUGUGAAUAACUUGGACCCUGAAUUUCUGCCAGCUCCACAUGAUGUAAAGAGACACUGUGAGCGGUCAGCUUUUUCAUGUUUUCAGAAGGUCCAACUAAAGUCAGUCAAUACUGGAGACAAUGAAAUGAUAAUCAAUGUAUUAAUAAAGCAGCUGAAGAGAAAACUACCUCCCACAAAUGCAGGAAGACGACAGAAAUACAAACUAACAUGUCCUUCAUGUGAUUCUUAUGAGAAAAAACCACCCAAAGAAUUCCUAGAAAGACUGAAAUCACUUCUCCAAAAGAUGAUUCAUCAGCACCUCUCCUAGAACACAUGGGAAAUGAAGAUUCCUGAGGCUCUUACUUGAAGCUGGACACUAUAUUACAUACUCUAAUACAGUAGUGAAACUCACUUCUUGCUAUUCCAAGUGGAGAAG